AAGUCUCCUGCGAGAAAGCAUGGUUCUCUUCUCGACGAUUUCUUUUUAAUUGUUGGUGUAUACCUAACCACCCUGGGGCAGGAACCCGUGGGCCUAUGUACACUGCACAGAAUCUGUCGUAUGCGAUAAUGAAGGAUUCCUGGCAGGGGUCAGGUGUAUUCUUGGCACCUCACCAAAAUCGUAUGGGAGUUUGGAAUGCGUCAACCACCACUUCGAAUCGCCUGUUAUCUCCACCAUCACUUGAAGUUAUCGCGUCAAAUUUGAAGCCAUAGCUCCCCGCGUACGUAAACCCUCAGCCAAAGCCUCCGUUGCCACGUCCAAAGCUUCCACCGCGUUAAAAGCUUCCUCUCGCAUCACAAAGACUACAAAAGCAAAGCCAAAAGCCUCUUCAAAAGCCUCGAAGAAGGUGCCCACCAAGGAGAUUGCCUCUAUGCGUUCUGGCCCUACGUGUUCUGGUAGGGUACAAUGGGCGGAUGAGCAAGCUCAGCCAGCUCCACUUGAACAGUCGCAGUCGUAUGCCAACACUGAGAUAGAAGAACAUGCCGAAGAAAAUGAGGCUAGAGAAACUAGUGAUGGGGCAACUCCUGGCGUAGUUUCUGGUGUAGCAGGUGCUGAUCUGCUAGAUCUAAACGCUCCUCCUCGUAUAUCUCUUUCACCGUCACCUAUCCGCCACUUCUUCAGCUCAUCUCCACCACCUCCCGAACCAAGAUACGAUCUGGAAAUACAAUACACGCUGCGUGUAAACAAGAGGAAGGAGGUAGAGGAUAGUGGAACAAUCCCUCGGCGUGACUUUUCUAUGUCUAUAGUCGAAGACAAAGUAGAGGCCUUGAUAGUCUCAGAAGCUUGCUCCAUACAAGGCAGGCCAUAUGACUGGGUAGCCCGGCAGGUUUCGUACAAGGUGGAGCACCUUAAGGCAAGCUGGGUGAAGUUGAGCCUUACAGAUUUCGAUAUAUCAGAGGAUUUCAGACUGGUAGAGUCGAUCGACGACCAUUUGAAGCGGUACAAUAAGCCUGUAGCUCGUGUUGCUGUACGGCUUGAAGUCUCCAUCAAAGUUGAUGGGUUACAGAAGGCAUUCAAAGCAGUUACGGCAAACGAACCCUCAUCGGAGCCAGAUAAGGAUCUCUCCACACCCUAUCGUACAAAGCAGCUGUUGAGAGAGGCCCGUACAUUAUCUCGGGUGGAGGAGAUAACCGCUUCAAUCGACCAUCAGUCAGCAAUCCACAAAAUGUGGGAGUGCCGAGAGGAAACUUGUUCAAACUAUAAAUAUUGGUGCUAUUCACCACACCCGACAGAGCACUACGCAAUCCAUCACGUCGAUAUAAAGUCAUGGGGAAGGUCUUGUUUAGAAGGGCAAUCCUCAGUCCAUGGCCCUCACCCCCGGAUUGUGGAGGCACUACGAGUGCGUGGCAAUCAGUUACAUGUCAAUCCAAAUAAUAAAUGGAAGAAGAGAAAGCGUGGAGCCUCGUUAUCUUCAUCAGAUAGUGGCUUACGGCUUGGUGAUAUAUUGAAAACGCAGCAAAAGAUGAUGGCUGGUCAAUUAAUGAGCUAGAUGGCGUCACAAAUGGUUAACUAUAUGGCGCCUCCUUUGCCAGUAGCACCUCCUUUGCUAGCACCUCCUUCACAAACUCUCACCUACUGGCCUAUUACUCCAUCAAUUGCGACCCCUCUGCUACCAAACAACCCAUCUUCAAGCCCUCCGAUCUCACAGGGCAAACCAGACACAAGGCAGACGGUGAAGGACUUUUUCAACUGGCUUGUUACACAGCAGCCGGAGGAGGACCGAGCUCCAUAUGAAGCUGCACGCAGAGUAGCUAUUGAUGAGUUUUGGACAAUCAAAGAUCUACAGAAGAUGGCAAAUAUUGAUGGAGAUUUGUACAAGCUCGCAGUCCACCACUUUAAACUAAAAGAUGGGAUUGUACGGCAUUUGAGAGAUGAGGUGAAGCGUUUCAGAGAAAUAUAUAAUACUGCCAAUAGUCUGGUCAACUUGACAAGGGCGGAGU